UUUUAGUAAAUGCAUAUUUUUAUAAACACGAGAACACUUCCUAAAUUCUCAUUUUUUUUUAAAGUUCGCUGAACCAUUAAUAUUUUGUCUGGUCUGGUCUGGUCUAUUUUGGAUACUGUAAUUACGCUGUUAAAUAUUUCUUCUAAAAUUGUGCGUUUUCUUAUUCUUAUGGAAUAUUUUUAUUGUUCAAUUGCUUUCCAGUACCCUCCCAUUACUCCUGAGAUAAAUUCCUUUUCCUUCACUUCCAGCACGUUGAUCAGGAUUCACCAUUGAUAAAGUUUGUCCAGUUGUUUCCUUUUAUAAACUACUUAUUACACAAUUUAGAAUUAAAUACAUUCUUUUAUAAAACUUUUACAACUUUUGACUGUGACUUUAUAAUUCGCAACCUUUUUCUUACAAAAACAUGAAUCAUGAUUUUUUUCUCCACACAAAAUAUUAAAAUAUUCAAGUUCUACAGUUUCAAGACAAAGGGUAAUCUUACGAAGCAUAUGAAGAGUAAAUCACACACCAAAAAUUAUGCAGCAAGUAGUAGUUCUUCAGGCUCAGCCCAUCAAAGUGGUACUCAAAGUUCAGAGACCGAUACUGAUGACAGUGGCAUGGACAGUAGUGAUGAAUCAACGCGUCAACAAGAACACGAAGCGGCAUACGGCCUUCUCUCAUUAUCACAAAAUCCACAAAGUUUACCUUCUGGCUCUUCAAUGGAAAAUUUCUCUCAGGGUUUAACGAAAAUGGGAGAAACGACGGUACCUGCGCUAGGCUUAGAUCGAAGUACAAGUUUUAUGAAUACGGAGCAAGUAACGCACGUGAACAAUACAAAUUACGCAAAAAAUAAAAUUCUUGAUCAUCAGACAAUCACUACCUUCAGUACGUUAAGAGUUAAUGCAACAAUUCCGGUUACAACUGUACAAGAAAGUUCCAAAGAAGUAGAAAACUUAACACAGUUUUUAGGGAAAACCAAUACCCAAAGACCGCUUACCUAUCCUUACUUGUCUGUUACCCCCGGGGAAUCACCGACGAAAUCAAAUAAAAUUAUUGAAAAAUCUGCCUCGGAGAAACAACCUCAUAAUUUUAGUGUAAUUUCAAGAAAUUUAGGUCCCGAAUUAAACAAAGUGCGAGAAUUACCUUCUCCACAGACUGUUGAAUUUAAGAAAGUUGCCAUAACAAUAAGCUACGAUCCUAAAUAUUUAGAAGAUGCGAAAACUCCCUCAGAAAGUUCGUUUACAUCAAAACAAGUGAUAGAAUCGGUCAUACCACUUAUUAAAGUGUCUGAUAACAUGCAACCAAACGAAGGCGAUUUCAGAAAACGAAAAAUUAGUGUCUUCGAACCGGAGUUUAAGCCAAAAUUACAAAGAAGCGAUUCGGAUGUAAUGGAUCUUUCUUGUAAUUCAGAGAAGAAUCUUAAAAAUCCACCGCUUUCACAUUGCGAGAAUGGCACCAUUGACCAAAGGACAUCAGUAGCGUCGUAUUCGCCGCAAGUUAUAAAUCUUUCGAAAAGUCAAAAUCUUCCUAGUCCUUCUGUUGCCGAUAAAUGUAAACUUUCAUUUAAGACAAGUCCUAAGGAAUCUUCAACGGAACAGUUUAACAGCGAAAGAGGAAGCGACACUGAAUCUUCGUCAAGAUUUUCAACGAAGGUGCCGGAAAGUUACCCAACGGUAAUGCAUUAUUCGACAGAGUCUUCUGAAAGCUUUAAUUCGGUAGACUAUGACAACAGUGCCAUGCAAACUCUGGCCGAUGUGGCUACGAAGCAAGUCAAGUUGGAAAAGAACACGAUUGCAAAAAAUGUAGCGUCAGCCUUUUUGAAAUUGGCCACGAAGAGCGAAUUUCAGAUAAACGAAAUAAAGAAUUUCAGUUCUUCAAAUAAAGACGUCAAUGAACUCAUCGCAAAGUCUGAAGAGAACAAAAGUUGUUCAAUUUGUCUUAAGAAUUUUAACAAACCCUCACAACUCAGGUUGCACAUGAAUAUUCAUUACUUAGAGAGGCCAUUUCGUUGUGAUUCCUGUUCAGUUAGUUUUAGGACCAAAGGACAUUUACAAAAACAUGAAAGAAGUGCUAGUCAUCAUAAUAAGAAAAACUACAGCAUGAUCCAGUUGUCUUCAUCUCCCACUUUAUCGUCGUCUGAACCUAGACCAUUUAAAUGUUCCGACUGUAGUAUUGCGUUUCGCAUACAUGGUCAUUUAGCAAAACAUCUUAGAUCAAAAAUGCACAUCAUGAAGUUAGAAUGUCUUGCAAAAAUACCCUUCGGACUUUAUGCUGAAUUGGAAAGGGCGAACAGUUUACUCACGGAAAUUAAUACAACCGAUGGGGACCAGUGUUUAGAAAGCCUAAAGGUAACUUUUUAAUAGAUUGCCAAUUAAAUACUAAACAAUUAACAGUUGAACUUCUUAAGUAAUCCGAGCAUUCUCUGCAUUAAAAAUGAAUUGAUUUCAAAAAGUUUCUUCAUCAUAUCAAAAAAAAAUUGGAAAAAACAUGUAAAAUGUUCCGCACCAUAUAUAUGAGUGCGUAACAAAUAUAGUUGACCCUCUUUUGCAUUUGAAGCAUAUUUUUAAAUGUAUUCAUCAAAAUUUUAA